UUUCUUUUCUUUCUUUCUUUCUUUCUUUCUUUCUUUCUUUCUUUCUUUCUUUCUUUCUUUCUUUCUUUCUUUCUUUCUUUCUUUCUUUCUUUCUUUCUUUCUUUCUUUCUUUCUUUCUUUCUUUCUUUCUUUCUUUCUAAAAGAAGAACCGCCCCCCCCCCGAUCCUUUCUUUUCCCUCUUCCGCCUUGGUCACGGAGCCCCCUGCCGGCUUGCAUCGCCUAGGUACCCAAAUUCACGGUUUGGAAGAGAAUGUUUUCCCUUUGCUGCUGGGGUUUUGUUUUCUGUUGCUAUACUGUAUCUGCCUUCCAAGCGACGCGCUAAGUUUUCGGUAGGAAGGAGCUGGCCGCGUCUCCCUCGUUCACUCCGAUUCUCCAGUCCGCUUGGUUUCCAUAAGGAAAGAUUUGCAUUGCUGUUGCUUCCAGACAACUUGUUAGUUUGAGCAUUUCUCCUGAUUUUGCUUUUGCACAGAGUUUCCAGAAAAGAAGGUGCAACUCAAAUUAAUUUUGAAAUGUAUGUUGGAAAUCUGUCUGUUCUUCUGCUGAUGGUUCUUAGCUGUGCCAGUCUAGGUCAGCUUUGCCGGAUACGCUCAAUCAUUAACAUUCUGGAAGGAGAAUAUUUUUCAAAAUGCUGUCCCGGGGUGGAACAAGAUAGAGGCUAUGCUGUACACUGGUAUAAGGAAAAAGGAGGAGAUUGGACAUUGAUUCAAGGAGACAACAGAACUGAGUUGAGCGGGAUUUACUUGGAAUUUUGGCCAGCUGUGCUGAAUGACACUGGAAACUAUAAGUGUCAUGCCAGCAAUGGAACACACGUUGCCCAUAAAUGGUCUUUGACUGUCCUCCAAAGAAGUAGAACAAGUUGCUUCAAUGCCAACCACGUGUCAUCUGCUAUACAUGGAAUUCUUGGAAGAGCCUAUCACCUGAAAUGCAAUGAUAUAUACCACAAGGCAAAUGUUGCCAAUAUAACAUGGUACAAGGACUGCAGGAAGCUCCCUCAAACAAAGGAGGAGUGGUCUAUCGAUAUGCUAACAAUGGGAGAUUCUGGAAACUUCACAUGCGUGAAGUCAUUUGUUCAUGCAGGAAAGAGAUACAAUGCUACCAAGACAAUAGGACUAACAGUGAAAGAAGGUCUUGAGGAAAUCGCAAAGCCUGGGCUAAUUGGACCCGAAAGUUAUACUAUCCUAACAGAAAUAGGUAAAAAGGAAAUCCUCAACUGCACAGCUUUUUUGGGUUACUCUAACACUGUAGUGGGAGACUUUCUGCUUUAUUGGGCACACCAAGAUGACACGAUAGGUCGCUAUGAGGACAACAACUUGCCAUAUGAAAUGGAAUACCAUUAUCAAGAAGAAGGGAAAAACUAUUCUUUGAAGCAGUUGUGGAUCAAGAGCGUUAAAGAGGCGGACAUCAAUUUUUCAUACACCUGCAAUUUUUUGGCAGCUGGUUACUCUGAAAGGCAAAUAGUUACACUGCAGAAAGAAACGAAUCGAGACUUACCCUUGCGCGUCUUUACCCCUGGAAUUAUCGCAGUGAUCUUGCUUUCCCUUGUUUCUGUUCUUGUGGCCGUUCUGUCUGUGAUAUUCAAAGUUGACCUUGUUUUAUUGUACAGAGAUGUCACGGGAAAGGAUGAAACAAUCGGAGAUGGGAAAAUAUAUGAUGCAUUUGUGUCUUACCUGAAAGACUGUAUACCCAUAUGUGAUGAAGAGAGAAAAUUUGCACUGGACAUAUUGCCCACAAUUUUAGAAAAAUAUUUUGGAUACAAACUGUGUAUCUUUGAACGGGAUAUCUCUCCUGGAGGAGCUGCUGUCGAUGACGUCCAGUCAUAUAUUGACAGAAGUAGAAGAUUAAUCAUUAUACUGAGUAAGAACUACAUCUCUGACAAAGUCAUGUUUGAACUUGAAACCGGGCUUCACAAGGCCUUGGUUGAAAAGAACAUUAAAGUGAUACUAAUAGAAUAUACGCCUAUACGUGACUUUGAUUUCUUGCCCAAGUCUUUGAAACUUCUUUCACCGAGCCAUGUGGUGAAAUGGAAAGAAGAGAAGUCACUUGCUUUAAAUUCCAGGUUUUGGAAGAAGCUCCGCUAUGCAAUGCCUGCUAAGCCCUCCUCAAUGAAGGAACCAGCUAUUUUGUGAGAUGUACCGUACAUUCCAGGACAGAGCAUGACCAAUUCAGCCACCCCUGAUGGGCUUCACUCAGGUUUCAUCUUAGUAAGGCUACUAGCUAUAUAUCAGAGUCCCUUUUAGAACAAGAUAUUGCUACAGGCUGUUGACUGUUUGUAAUUAGAGUGGCUAUAUUUGGGGAGAUUUGUCUCUAAUCUCCCCAAAACAAAAUGUGUCAGAAAAUGUAGGGUGUGACCUUUAAGUACAGGCAUCCCCAAACUUCGGCCCUCCAGAUGUUUUGGACUACAAUCCCCAUCUUCCCCUACCACUGGUCCUGUUAGCUAGGGAUCAUGGGAGUUGUAGGCCAAAACAUCUGGAGGGCCGCAGUUUGGGGAUGCCUGUUUAAGUAGAUGCAGCACUCUCUGGAAGCCGACUCAACAUAGGACUCAAUAGAGAAUGUUUUGUCUCCUUAUAUGGACAGAUGUCAUUCAUAGGUUUGCUGCCUUCAGUGUUGCAGACCCUGUCCUGUGGAACUCCUUGCCAAGAGAGGAUCAGCAGGAAACGCUCCUGCCUUCUUUUAUACAUUCUCCUAAAAUUGUAAUAUUCAGACAAGCCUUUGCAAUGUGAACUUAUUUUUACCAACCUGUAUUUAUUGAUUUUUUUUAAAAAAAUGGUGUUUAUAAUGCUUAAAUAAAUAAAUCUUAUAGUAGUUUUGUAUGCUGUAUAUUGUCUUGCUGUAUUUUUUUAUGAAACUGCAGUCUAUAGAGAUUUCCAAAAAGUAAAUGUCUGCACAUGUGUGCACACACGCCAACUGUGGUG